UGACAAUAAACUGUCAAAAUUAUAAAUGUCACUUUUUCAAAACAAUACAUUUUAAAAAUGAACAGCGAAGAGUACAUAAAACACAGAUUCGAGGGUAGUGGGAAAGAGGGGCCGAUUCGAUGCAUAUUUUUUUGCGAGUUUCACCACACAGCAGGCCCCAUCAUAUCCUGCCAGGUCCCUGAAAACUAUAUUUCAAAGGAGUUGUUCGAUAGUAUAAGCGUUUAUAUCAUCACCAAGGCUGAGUUGCAAAGAAGUACAAUCACAGUGACUUUAACAGAUUAUAAAAUUCUGGGAUUCCCCGUGAGGAUAGAUGAUAAUAAGUACGCUAGAAACGCAUAUCACUUCAACUUAUGCUUUGUGUGCGAUAGCGAUGCCAGAACAGUUCAUUACGAACCUGUGGUAAUGAAGUUGUCUGAUUACCUGAUAGCCAUGGAAGUGGAGAGUUGCUUUUUGUCCAGAGGGAAAAUUUUAGAUAAACUGCCACCCAUUCUGCGCGAAGUUUUGGAAGAGUUGAACACCAAAGGCGAAUGUGCUUUAACAGAAGGCCCAACCGCAACACACCUAAAAGUGUGUCAGAUAAGAAGCGACCCCACCCCAGUUUACGACCACCAGGUGCCUGUUUUUAUAAAGGAGCUUCCCCCUCAACAGUGGGAUUUAACAACGCAGCAAGUUACCCCUUACAUAGAUGGGUUUAAUCAUGUUGCACGCAUUGCUUUAUUAUCAGAUGUCGAAAACAAUCUGGUGAAAGCUUGUGUGCAGAAUUUGGUGUAUUAUUGUGUUGUCGCUUUGGUACCAUUGUUCCAAUAUGGAAAUAUUUACUGCACCACACCUAAACUGAAGCUACUGGCGCAAGAUGCAGAGUUACAAACCAAAUGUCUGGAAUACGUGGCCAGAUCCCAACGUCAACCGCCAACAUUACGAGACGUUUUCCGAUUUUUCGCCUCAAUGACCAGAGGAACUACAAUAAGGGAUCUGUGUAUUCGGCACAAUCCGGUAAAUUUACGUAUUAACGAAAGAAAAUUGGUGCAAUUCGGGGUAUUGGAGGGGAUUAUAAGGAGGAUCCAAAAAUAUCCGGUUUUAUUGAACGCAGAGGCAGACAGUAUCGACUUGCAAAAAUCCCUGACAGGGGGCGCCAGUUUGGACGAAAUUUGUUGCUCCACAGGGGUCAGCUCUCUGCAUCUGGAGGACCAGUUGGAAAAAGAUCAUAAUGUAGUUUUGUUGUGUAAAUAAUUAUUUAAACAUCUUUACACUGUUUGGACCUGAGCAGUAUGUUUUUGAAGCUUAACUUUGACCCCUUAUAUCUUGUUAACCAUAAUAUUUACAAAAAAGUAACCAUAACAGCAUUUUUUCUAAAUUUAACCCUCUUUACAACAAUCUUAACACCAU